AUGUGUUCACUGAAUGAAAUUUGUGGAAAGACAGACAGAGAUCACCAAAUAACUUUUAUUGGAAACUGUCAAAUGAUCGUAUCUACAAAUGCUAUAAAGGAAACACAAACGGUACAAACAGAGCCGUUGGAUUUAUCGGUGCGGAAAGUGAGUGAGGAACGAAUACAAUUACAGAAUUUAUCAAUUAAUGAAACAAAUAAAGGACAAACGGAAAGUUUCUCACAAUCAUCGCAUUCGAGUGUUCAUAAGAAGACUCAUACUGUUGUACGAUAUGCAAUCAGUUUCUCUCAAUCACCGCAUUUGACAGAUCAUGUGAGAACUCAUAUUGGUGAAAAGCCACACAGUUGUACGAUAUGCGGGGAAAGUUUCGUUAAAUCAUCGGAUUUGAGCAGACAUAAAAGAACUUACGCCGGUGAAAAGACGUGCAGUUGUACGAUGUGCAGGAAACUUUUUGAUCAAAGCGAUAGUUUGAAAGAGCAUGAAAACUCACAACAAUAUGCUUUUUAA